AUGAACGCUGAAGCAGAUCCUAUCAGAGAUGAACGACACCUCCGGGAGAAGAACCUGUACCACGAUUUUCUGAGGCUAAAUUAUAGAAUUCUGACAAGAUACGAGCAGAUUCAUGAAAUAUUUCUUUACUCUUUAAAUAAUGCAAUAACUGCUGAUGAAAGAGCUCACGAGCAGCGCAAGUUGGAAGAGAUCAAUGUGGUUAUUGCGAGAUUACGGAAUGUAAUCUUAUCGGCUGAGAAGAACAACGAGACUAAGCUCUACAGUGAUUGA